UUUAAACUUCCUUUUCCGUAAUUGUUGACAUUUAAAUUAGCAAAAAUGCUCUCUACAUUUACGAAAUGUUUACUCUUUUUAUACACAUAGACUAACAGAAAAAAAACGAUGACACCAUCUACCAAAAUAGGUGAGCAGAAUUUAUAGCUUUUAAAAAAAAAUCUAGUCUAAGUGCGGACUUUCGGUUUCAAGCAAUUGGAUAUUCCAAUGAAUAUGUGAAUUACAUUUUCAUCCUUCAGGAAGACUUUGCAGACCUGUAAUAAAGAACAACAAUAAUGGAUACCUCAGGGGGAAAUAGUCCAAUUGAUAAAAAGAAAAAAGUUCAGUAUGUUAACGAUUUCCACACGGGGAAGACAAAAGUGAUAGAGAAGAACGUAAACCUUGCUAGAUCCCUAAACAGUUAUUUUGACAACAACACGUGUUCAUCGCUGGUAUCAACUUCCUCAAAGGAAGAUGACGAUAAAGGAAGAAGUAAUGAAUCUCUGGAUGAAACUAGUCGUCCCAUAUUGAAUGAUUCACAAUCACCUGAAAGAUAUACAGAUGGUGAAAAUCUCGCCCUAGCUAGUCAUGAAAACGAACUGCUCAACAAUAGUCCUGACAUGCAUAGCAAAUACAACGACAAACUUAAUCAUCUUCAAGAGGUAGACUUAAAAUCUAUUUCAAAAGAACACAAUCUAGGAGCUAAUUCAAAAAUACACAGCAGAGAAAACACAGAUGGGUAUUGUGACAUUCUUUGGAAGGAUAGCAACGAAAUAAAUUCUUCAACUAAUCAUGAUAACACUACAACAGGACAGUCUGUUAUCGAACUCUCAAAACUUACAGGUCAAGAACAUGAAAUUAUAAAAACAUCUUAUCCUCUAUCAAACCAGGUUUCCGAUCAAAACACUGUAGAAAUAUUUGACAUCAUAGAGACAGAAGAUAUAUUAGUAAAUAUGAAUGAGGGAGACGAACACAGAAUUUAUAGUACUGACAACUCCGACUUUCGGAGCCAAACAAUGGAUGUAUUAGCACCAUCUGCUGAGAAUAGUAAAUUUAACAGUGAAAACUCAAUAUCUACCAAUAUUACCACUGAGUUGCCAUUGUGUAACAAAAUAAUUGAUGAAAAUAAAAUUCGUUACCUUACAACGGAACAAACUGCGAAAGACAUGAUGAAUUUUCCAAGUAGGGACUCGGUAUUUCCGCGGCCAAAGGAUCAUGUAGAACAUUCACUAAGCAGAUAUCAAAACAAUGAAGUUAGACCAAAACAACUAAAAAUUUCAGACGAAAUCGAAACUGAGGUGAAACUGAGCAAUGUAAAUGUUUCCUAUGAAAUACCAGAGAAAAAAACAAAUUCCAUGAAAAGUGAAGAUGAAAAUUCUUCCACUAGAAGCAUUGAGAGUGACAAUUCCAAUGGAAAACGGACAAACGAAGGCAUCGGAGGUGAACUUAGUAACGGGCUAGUUGUUGCAACCAAAAAUGAGAUAAACGGGGGAAUGAAACAGGAUCACGAAGACAAAGAAGAAAUAUGUGGACAGCCUAAAAACCUAACAUUAAAUAAAGAUAUGAACUCAAUGAAUAGGAAUCUUAGCGUUCAAAGGCAAUCGUUGGGAAGUCAGACUAUGAAAGACUGUGGUACACAAACUGAUUUUGUGUAUUCAUCAUUUAAUGAAACAUAUAAUAUUUUAUGUGAGAAAUGUGGGAAUACAAUAGAUAUGAAAGAAAUCUUACUACAUCUUCUAAAAUACCCAUUGACAUUAAAAAAUGGUCAUCUUUGUAAUGAAUCCGAAGAGGCAACUUUUGUUGAUGAAAAUCACGAGAGGGCGGUGGCAAAAGAAGAAAAUAUGCCAACAUUGCAAAUAAGAAAUACGAGUAUGGACAAUAACACAACUUCUCGCCAGGGAAAAACUUGUUUGGAUAAAAAUACACAUGACUAUAAUGAGACGAGUUUCAAUCUGUCCGGAAUGCCGUGCCAGAAAAUAUAUGUAGGAACUGGACAAACAGCCACGAGACCACCUAUUGAACAUAGUGAAAACCAAGAAUUAAUCUUGAAAAAAAGUUUUUCACCCCAAAUUACAAACAAAGCAUCAGAAAAAAUAGUUGAAGAUAAAACAAUACUAGAAAAACAUCCUUUAAAUGACAGAGAACAUUCAAGCUUUUACGCCGGUCUUAAAGUACAACGAGCCGGAGAAGAGUUUCAAGAAGCUGUUGAAGGAUUUCAAGAUGUUUACACGUCAUUUCCUCCUGCGAUUAAGGAGGAAGAAGGAUACAUACAGGACCAAGAUCUAUCAUCAAGGCAUGAGUUGUAUUCACCUGGUAUAGAGGUGGGAAAAUCAGUUAUAGAACUUGUAGCAGAAGCUAACAAGCCAUACGACGACACUGAGGACGACAGCGAGGAGUAUGAAAGCAAUGAUACACAAAACCCAAGCAAGAUGCUUCCGCCGAGACAAAAAGAAGAAGAACAUACAUAUAACAACAACAAUCAAGUUCUUAAAGGGUCAUUUCAGACUGUUCAUCAAACGAAGUCAUAUUAUAACCCAUUAUAUAUUCAAAAUCACACUAACAAGAAAGGACAGUCGUAUAAUAAAAUAUCAUGUUCAAAAAUGAAACCAGGAAACAAAGCGAAAUAUAAAUGUAGACAUAAAAGAGACAUGAUGGACAAACUUUCUAGCUUUGCAUACGACAAUUCCUUGAAUAUCCAUAAUGUCAGUGCAGAUGGAAACUGUAUGUUCAGUGCAGUUGUUGACCAGCUGUGGAUAAAUGGAAACUUUAGAUUUACACAAGAUUCUCUCCGAAAAGAAGCUGUUGAGUUUCUAAGGAAGAACCCAACCCAUAGAGACGGAACCCAUCUUGAAUUGUUUUUGGCAACUGAAUCAUGGGAAGAAUAUUUACGAAGAAUGGAAAGAAAAGGAGAGUGGGGUGACCAUAUGAUUUUGCAAGGUGUUUCAGAAGUCACAAACUGUAGAAUUAUAGUCAUAAAUUCAGAUAUUGUGAAAACAGAACUUAACCCUUGGCAUUCUACCUUCGACGAAGCACAGAUGGAUAUAGUGUUGCUAGGGCACAUGGGAGAAUAUCACUAUGUUAGUCUAAGACCGAGUAAUUAUCAGGAAGCAUGGGCAAUACGGGCUAAGAUUAAAUUUCUAAACGAGAUAGAAGGUCCAACAAAGGGACAGCAAUCAUAUGAAGAGGGUUACCCUAGUCUUUUCGAUAUAACACCAGCAGACACUGACCCGUUGGAUGAAAAAGAGAAGACUGACCAUCCAGAUGAUAGCAACGAACUUCAAAAGCAGCCUACCGAUGAGGACACUGGAAAUGGAUACAAACUUCCCAAAGAAAGUGAAAUUGACGACCAGCCCACUAGUACUAAUGAAACAACAGUUAACAAAGUCAACAACACUGCAAACAAUGUCUUUGAUAACGAAGUUGAUUUAUCCUUCAUUGUUUUCCAGAAUACAGACCUAAUACAAAGAGGACAAAGUUUUAAAGCAACAGAAGCAUUGUUUGAUAAAGAUGAGGACCUCAAAAGACUGGUCAUGGAAACUGAUUAUAUCGAUCCGCUGAGUGCUAUCCCAAUUCAACAUCUAUCUUUCUAUUUAAGACAACUGAUUGAACCAGCAGACAUUUAUAUCGACAGUGCAGUUUCUACCGUCAAUUGUAAAGUAAAAUCUUCUGCAAGGAAAUUGAAUAUCGAUGUCGUAGUGUACGGAUCAGUGGGCGAGGGACUGGUAGUUUAUCCAGAUACUUGGCAUUGUUGUCAUUCUAUAUUAAAGCCUCAAGUAUUGUUUUACAUGUCAAACGUUGUCAAUAUAGUUUAUGAAAAAGAAAAUGGUACAGGUCCACAUUCGCUUCUAGUCAACACAGACGCCUGUUCUCCUGGAUUUGUAAGACUUGCAAUUCCAUAUCCAGAAUACUUUGAGAAAAGUAUAACUGUUAAAAUUGAUGAAACCGUCUUCUUGGAUGCUUUAACUUUAGAGUUCACACUACCAAUCGGUUGCCAGCGUAUCCAACCGAGGCUAAAGCAAGGUAUCGAGUGUCAGCAGUGGCCAGAAUCGCUGACAUCAGAAUGGCACACGAGGAAACGACCAAGUGGAUUUCCUGACACUGAAAUGCUGAAGGAACUCUCCAGUAGGGCAUGUUUUGUUCGCAAGUGCAGACAUCACUGUAGCCUCAACCCUGACAUUGAAUGGCAGUUCGUAUUUCCAACUGUUGAAACGGAUCUUCUCCAAGAUAUGAUGAAUGACCAUAUGAAAUAUAUCAUGAGACUGUUUAAAAUGAUAGUAGAAUUUCAGACUGAGUACGCCCAAAGAAGACUGAAAACAAAUCACCUCAAGACUGUCAUGUUAUACACUUGUGAAAAUCUUCCAAUUUCCGUCUGGUCAAACAAUGUCGGUGGCGCAAUUUUAUAUUUGGUAGCAUCACUAAUGGCAUAUCUACAUCGUCGACAUCUGCCACACUAUGUAAUGGAGUCUGUAAAUUUGAUAGACAAUUAUUCAGAUUUGGAAAUAGAUGAUCUGCUCAGAUGCUUGGAACAAAUCCGUCUAUUUCCGUUCAUGUCAUUCAAUAUUUUUGCAGAAGAUAGCAAACUACCAAACCAAUGGAUAAUCGACCCAAUUGUCAAUGAUCUACAUCGAUUCAGAAAUGAUAAAGAUCAUUUAAAAUCAGCUGAGGAAGCUUUCUGUCCAACUCUUAUAGAACUCUCGAAACGAUUAGUUAUGUAUGGAGUUCAAUAUUUCUGGAAAGGUUUUAAACUGACACAGAGAGCAUACGAUAGACUUCAUGAACUUGAAAAAGAAAGGAAGAUAGAAAAUCCACAAACUUUUGAACAGUUUAUGGAACCUUUUGUUUAUGCUGUUGAAGACCCAAUAAAUCGUUAUUUUUUCACCGAUUUUGUAGACCGCAAAUUAGGAACAAGUAUGCUUCAUAAGAUGGUGGCUUCCGAUCACGUUCGCUCUAUGGACACAAUUGUAGAAAAAGAAGUUGGUGGACAUUAUAACGAAUUUCCCAUUCCAGACGGGAGCAAACUUGAUGAUGUUGAAUAUAUGGAAAGUUUUGCCAAGUAUUUGAUGACAUUGGGCAGUAAAGAAUCAGGUGCUCAUUUUCUAAGAUGUGGUAUUACGAUUGCAAGGAGUAGUCUUACAUCAGAAACGAUUGACACAAGUGAAAUAACAGAAGAAGAAAUCAAAACACAAAUUACCGAAAAAAACUUGCGAACUGUGGAUAAUCUUAACAUUGCACUGCAUAGGUUGUAUAAUAAUCUUAUUGAGUGUUACAACGAAAUGGAUCAAACAAUCAUGUUUCAAGAGUUCAUUCAUGAUUAUGAAGAUUUAGUGGAAACAUUGGCAGUUCCCUGUUACUAUAAUAAACUUGCAACAACCUGGGAAGAUCUUGGAAACAACGAAAAAGCUGAUCUCUAUCGUAGUCGAUUCGAAGAAUAUAGACAACGUAUGCAAAGUACGCGUGUCUAGUUGUACAUAUUUAAAGAAAAAAAGUUUUAUGCACAUUAAAAUUGGCACUCAUAAGAAA